GCAUUUCACUGACGUCACUACUUCCCUUAGCAAGGAUCUGCUCAGACAGUAUCGCACACGUGUGUGCUAAAGUGAACUUUUUUCCUAUGGCGAAUUCAUUUUCACUGCAGCUCGAAGAUUUGUUAAACCCGUUACCUAAAUUUGCUGAUCCGGAGGAUGAUGAAGAUGAAGCUACCAAAGCCAAAGUGAUAAACAGGUUCAACGAGGACGAUGAUGAAGAUGAAGUCGGCCGCAGUGCUCUACGGAAACACAACACAUCUCUGCUCUCAGACACAGACAGACGGUAUGUGGGGAAGGCUGUCUCUCGGAAACAACUGCUGAUGGAUACAGAAGAACUAAAUGAGGAUGCAGACGAGGAUGAUGAUGAAGAUGAGGACGAGAGCAGCGAAGAAGAGCUGGUAGAAGCUGUAUCUACGGGGGAUGAAGAGGCAGGCGAAGAUGAUGACAAUGAUUUUGUGGACUAUGAGGAGGAGGAGGAGUUAGUGGAUGCAAAGCCAGAUGUCAAAAAGUCUUCUACAACAAAAGGUGCUGCUGAAAUUUUUCCUCAGGGAGUGGACUUCCACAAACUCACUGCGGGCAUGGAUGAUCUCGGAGUGAGUGAAGAAGAUGAUGGAGACAUUGGAGAUGAAACAGAAGGCAGUGAUGAAGAUGAGGGCUCUGAUGAUGAUGAUGAUGAUGAUGAAAUGGAAGAGGAUGAUGAAGAUGAUGAGGGAGUUGUCCGCACUUUCUCUCAAGACAAAGUUGACGAGGAAGUCGAGAAAGGGAAGGCUGUGAAGAACCAGCUAGCCCUGUGGGAUCAGCUGCUGGAGGGUCGUAUUAAAAUUCAAAAAGCUUUGAUGACAGCCAACCAGCUUCCACAGCCAGACACACUCCCAGAAUUCAAGAGAAGGGGCGGAGCUGAGCUCGCCGGGGAGCUGAAGAAUACCCACAAAGCUCUUAAAGCCCUUCAAAGAUCCCUGCUGGAGCUCCACGAUCAGCUGCUUUACCAAAAUGCAGACACAAGGAGCAUUGCUCUGGGGGAGACAGGAGAUCAGGACGAUGAUGAGGAGAUAAACAGCGAUGAAGAUGGGUCAGUUCAGGAAAGUGGUGCACCUAAACGGAAACUGGAGAUGGCAGAGUACCCAGACUUUAUGGCCAAACGUUUCACUCAGUUCCAGCCUUACUGUAAUGCUACGUUGCAGAAGUGGCAUGACAAAACCCGACUGACAAUGGGCAAAACCAGCAAAGGUUUCGGGGCGUUUGAGAGAAACAUACUGACACAGGUGGAGCAGGUGCUGAUGGACAAAGAGAGACUGAUGAGACGCACUCAGACCCGCCGCUCUGAGUUCAAGGUCCUGGGGAAAAAAGAGGCCUUGGCUUUCAUGCCGGAACCUCUCCUUGAAGAAGGAGAAGAGGUAGAGCAGCAGCUGAAAGCAAACACACACCUAAAAGACCUGGAUGAAGACAUAUUCAAUGAUGAUGAUUUCUACCAUCAGCUGCUAAGAGAGCUGAUUGAGCGCAAGACAAGUGCUGCAGAUCCCAAUGACCAGGUGGCCAUGGGCAGACAGUGGCUUGCCAUCCAGAAACUGCGCAGCAAGAUAAAGAAAAAAGUAGACACUAAAGCAAGUAAGGGGCGCAAAGUCCGGUUCCACAUCCACAGUAAACUGGUGAAUUUUAUGGCCCCUAUAGAUCACAGCUCAAUGAGUGACGAGGCACGCAGUGAACUGUAUCGUGGACUCUUUGGUCAGAACUCAGCAGCCAGGGAAUGAUGUAAAGGAGGUACUUAUCGAGAGCGGAUACCAGGAUGUGAACCAAACAGGGUCUCUUUGUAAACCCAGGGGUGAUGCAGAGCAGCAGUUUCUAUUAAGACGCUGACUUUGAUUAUUAGGGAAGGCUCUGCAAAGUGGGCUAGAUGAUAAAAUCAUAGAGCACAUCAUGGUUGGAAAAAAAACCCUAUUUUGUUAAGAAAAAUGUCAAACAGGUGUAAUUGUGUGAUGACCAUGUUUUAAUUAAAAAAAAGCUGCACUUGC